UCACUUUGGGAAACACCUUUUGUGACGCAAAUGUACGUUUCAUUCGCAAAAGAUCACAACUUCUAUGAGUGUAUCGCAUGAGGAUUUAUAAUCAUCAGUGGUGAUAUUUUUACUCAGAUUUGUUUAAUGUUUCCACUGCUUACGUAAGGGAGGCGUGAACUAACCCUUUCAUCGGUUAAAUUAAUUCAAACAUGGCGGAUGUCGAUGAUGCAGAAGAUAUCAACGCAGUUCUCAAUGAUGACAAUUUGUCAUCGCCUUCUCAUAAUGAGCCGGGAACGGACGCACGUGAAAAUAUGUACUUUCAUGAUUUACCGGAUGCAUUGAUUGUCACUAAUAUAGAUGAAUGUAUAUUCGACGAUGUGAAGUGUAAGGUAGAAUUUGAGUCAUUAUUUAGGAAGUACGACGAGACUGCAUCUUUUCUAUACCUCAGAUCUUUUCGGCGAGCUCGUGUCAAUUUUUCCACUCCAGAAAUGGCAGCAACAGCGAGAAUUCAUCUCCAUGAACUUGAAUUAUUCGGAAAAAGAGUCAAAUGUUAUUUUGCACAGCCCAAGGAUGAGGAAAGUGAAAAUAAGGACCCACAUCUACACCCCCCUCCCCUGGAGAAACAGUUCCUGAUCUCUCCCCCUGCCUCACCCCCUGUGGGAUGGGAACAGACCCACGAGGCAGAACCCAUUAUCAAUUAUGAUCUUAUAUCAGCAGUCGCAAAUCUUGCACCAGGUAUGUCACAUGAGAUCCACCCCCCGUCGGAUAAACACCCCGCCAUUGUUGUUCACAUAUGUGAGGAUCCUCCCCUCAGGUGCAACGGAGAAAAACCCAAAAUUAUCCAGACGCGGAGACCGGACGUCAGUGAAAGGGGAACAUAAUGAUUGCGCAAUGUCAUAGACUGUAUCGUCAUGCAUCAUCGCUUUGUCAUCUCUAUAACUGUGGUUUCAUUAAUAUUCGUUGAAUACCAAUUUUCAUGGAUUUCGUUGUUAAGUUGAUCCAGUUCAUCAAAUUGCAGUUUCUAUUAGCCUAAGGAUUUUGUAUUCAUUUGAUCAGUGGCCACAAAUUUACCUAUCCUUCGUUGAUUUUCACUUUAUCCACGAAAAUUGAUACCCAUGAAUAUUAAUGAAACCACAGUAUCUUAAAUCAUUGUCAUUUUAUAUCCAUAUUUAUCUAUAUGAACAUACACAGUGUAUGGUUGGAUGUGGUUGUCUCUUUUACAUUUUACAUCAUGUUCAAUUUUUGUUCUUUUUUCCUUUUUGUUUUCAUUAAACAAAUAUUCAAGA